CGACAAAAAAAUUCCAAGGAGAGUGAGCUCUCUCUCUGUUACUGUACACACGGAUUUCAAGUGUCUCUCUUUACUCUCUCUUCAAGCUCUAGUUUCGAUCGUAGCUACACUAAAUUCUCAGUUCACUAUUUCUGAUGGCUGCCACGGAUGAGGACCAACGUUUUUUAAUGCCUUUCAUCUCACAUAAGUCAGCUGAAUCAUUGGCGAUUCCGUUGGGCUUCAACGAACACUUUCCAGAUACAUUGCCAAAUACUGUAGACCUCCUAGACUAUUGUGGGAGAUCUUGGACGAUUAGGAUGAAGAGAAGAGGAGAGACAUUGUUUCUAACUGUUGGUUGGGAAAAUUUUGUAAAAGAUAACGAGCUUGAAGACGGGAAGAUGAUGAACUUCAUCUAUGACUGCAACAGGACCUUUCAUGUUAUCAUAUUUGGUCAUGGCAGUGUUAGCGAGUUUAGAGUUUUUCCUCAAGUUGUAAUAGAUGUUAGUGACUAUGCAACUGGUGAAGACGAAGAUGAAGAGGAGAACAACAGUUACUGAAAUGUGUGUAUGUAUCAUCCACGUAGGGGGGAAGCAAAUGCUGCUUUUUAAGUUAGUUUAUUUACUUGAGUCUAUGUAACAAGAUGUUUAAUCUAAUGAACACCCUUUUAUCCAUGUUUAAAACGGUUUUAAACAUCGACUAAAAAACUUUUGUGUUGU